UCCCCACCCCCCACUGCUGCAGCAUCCCUCCCUCCCUUCAUCCCUCCAUCCUUCCCCCCCUCCUCCAUCCCUCCCUCCCUCCCCCUGCCUGCGCAGAGCCACGGACAUGGCGCUCAGCAAUUUCCUCUUCGCCCAGUGCAUCUGCUACUUCCUGGCCUUCCUCUUCAGCUUCAUUGUGGUGGUGCCGCUGUCCGAGAAUGGCAACGACUUCCACGGCCGGUGCUUACUCUUCACCGAGGGCAUGUGGCUCAACGCCAACCUGACAGUGGAAAGGCAGCGCUUCACCGUGCAGGAGUGGGGGCCUGAGGCUGCUUGCCGCUUCAGCAUCUUCACCGGGCUCCUCUCCCUGCUGCUGGCCACAGUGCAGGCCUGGAGGACCCUCUUCUUCCUCUGCAAAGGGCACGAGGACUCUUUCUUUUAUGCCUUCCUGAAUCUGCUGAUCAGCGCCUUUGUGGUGUUUAUCACAUUUAUUGCUAGCACUAUAGUGAGUGUAGGAUUUAACAUGUGGUGUGAUGCAAUUACCGAAAAAGGGAGCAUGCCAAAUAGCUGUGAAGAAUUACAGGAUAUAGAUCUUGAACUGAACUUAGAAAACUCUGCUUUCUAUGACCAGUUUGCUAUUGCACAGUUUGGUCUCUGGGCUGCCUGGCUGACUUGGCUGGGAAUUACCAUUCUGGCUUUCCUGAAGGUUUAUCACAACUACAGACAGGAGGACCUGCUAGAUAGCCUGAUCCAUGAGAAGGAGCUGUUGCUAGGAAGAUCCUCUUCACGAACCUCUUUGCAAGAUGAGAAAAGUGGCAUGAUCUGAAGUGUAAGCAAAUUUACAGGGCAGGAUCUAGGUUUUUCAGUAGUGUGAGCUGAAGGUGAGUUAGAGAAUUGAGUGAGUGAGAUCUUUUCUUUCCAGAAAAGAUAUAUAUUUGGGAACUACUCGGUUCCUUAAUGAGAAAUUCUUGACAGAUAUAUUUUUGUUAGGACAUAGACAAUGAACUGCCCCAUGUGCUGUUAAUGCAGCAAACUCUGUCCUACACAUGCAGGGAGCAGCACUAGCUGUAGCCAGCUGUUGCAAGCAGUUCCCCCUUGCUAUCGCUGACCUUUGGGGGAAUUGACCACCACUUUUGAGGACUGUGCUAGCAAGACGAGGCUACAGCAUCUAGACUAUUUUCUCAAACUAUACUGCAACCCCACUGUAACUGGGGCUGUGUCCAGUCCCUUCUCUCUCCCUCUCCCUCCUUUUGCCAGCAACACUGACCCUAUUCUCACGUUAUUCUAGGUUACUGAGCAGGGAGGUUGGACUAGAUGAUCUGCAGAGGUCCCUUCCAACCUAAACGAUUCUGUGAUUCUGUGCUCUGGUCCAGGUACAGAUGGGGCUUUUGCUGUCUCUGCUUUUGCUGUGUGUGUGGACACAGUGCUGACAAACCUUUUGCUCUUGCUCUAAUUUUGAGUUACUUUUGAGUUUAGACUUUAUUCUUACUAUUAGAUAGUUGUAGUGAAUGUCAUGAAACCACUAUAUUAUUAAAGUGUCUGUAAAAAGCUGUGUAACAUUUGGAGGGAUGGUGGAGAAUAUUUGUGUUUUUGUUUCUUAGAUUUUUGCAUGAUCAACAUUUAUUAUGACUUCCUAAAAUGUAGAGUAGCUAGCAAUUGCUGAAGCUUGCAUAGUAAGAGAUUAAGUUGAACAGAUAUAUGAAUGUGCAAGCAUUAAUACUAUAUAACUUGGUGCCUAUUACUAUAUACUAUCCAAUUUCGAGUAUUAGAAUUUAUGUGUGAUAUUCAUGUCACAGAAGGUAUGCAAAAUUAUUGUAAGCAUUUGCAUAGGUGAUUCCGUUCUGAAUAGGCCUGUUCUCCCCACUCAUGGGCAGGAGUACCGGGGCUAAUCGUUUUUUGAUGUGAAAAUGGAGAACUGUAAUUUUCACAAAGCUCACUAGCGACUGUUGU